AUGGGUGUGCGGGGAUCCAAAUCACAAGUUCCUAUUCUUCUCCUUGGUCUGGAUGGAGCCGGCAAAUCAACUCUUCUCUACAAACUUAAAUAUAAUGAACAUUUUACCACGGUCCCGACAAUUGGAUUUAACGUUGAGAUGAUCGAUGCCAGGUCAAAUAAGAGAAAAAUCGCCUUGACAGUGUGGGAUGUUGGCGGUCAGUAUAAGAUGCGUGUGCACUGGAGGAAUUUUUAUCAGGACACAGCUGGAAUCCUGUUCGUUGUGGACUGCUCCGACAGGCGUCGCUUAGACGAGGCCCGGAACGUACUGGAGCGCACGCUCAGGAACGAUCUUUUGAGAGGAUUACCUGUGGUGGUUCUCGCCAACAAACAGGACAUUCCAGGCGCUGUGACGGCCGCGGAGCUGACCGAGACCUUCAACUUGAGGAGGACCUGCAGCGACCGCGACUGGUUCGUUCAGCCGUGCUCAGCUAUGACAGGUGCAGGACUGGAGGAAGGCUUUAGACGAAUAGCGCACAUGGUGAAAAUCACAUCUGAAGACAAUAACAUUAAGGACACUGUAAAAUAUUUGGGUCAAAAAUCUGUUAAGACUAUAAGGAAUCAAUGA